AUGCCUUCGGUGCAAGGCUUCAAUAUCACCGUCGAAGGAGUUGAUGGCACACCACUCACCACCUAUGGAACCCGUUCUAGAGGGAAAGUUGUCUAUACCAGCAUGGAAGCUCGAGACGGUGCCAGAUUCCAGAUUCGAGUGAAACCGGACUUCCCAUUUCCUGAACCGAAGGACGCAAUAGUUGGCGGCGAGCAGCAACCGGUCAGCAGGCAAAGCUUGGAGUCUUCCAAUGCAAACAACGCCAUGGACUGCGACGAGCGAGAUGGUAAGCCCAACAGACCUUAUGAAUUUUUCGCAUCCGUGUACAUUGAUGGCAACUCCAGAAGCGAAGACAACCUUCAGAUCCCUACCGAACCUGGCGAACAAUAUUAUCGCUCUGAAGGCCAUGUGUUCAAAGGUCGCUGUUGUGGCGCUGUCAUGGAGGACGAUGUGGUCACUGGUAGCGACUCCGAGUCUGGAAUGCUCACGAGGUACCUGGUGUUGCCCUGGGUGUUUCGCCAAAAAGGGAUCGAUGUCUUGCUGGGUCACAUGAAUAUCUCAGAAACGGACGCGGACAUCCCAAAGACGGAUCUGGAACAAGACUUGGCUGAUAUGACCGAAGCGAUGGCCCGCGACGGACUAUCCAAACCAGCCGGCAGCAAGCGAGGUCAGAUUGAAAUUACCAUCACAAGAGAAGUGACUGUCAAAGUGGUCCGACCAAAGAAGUACGGGCAGCAAGAGGAUACAGUACACCGUGCCAAUGACGACUGCAAUACGCACGAAAUCACUGUUGAUGCAAACAACAAGCGACACAUUCGCACGACCACGGUGACGACUCGUCCCUAUCGCGCAGACGAACAGUUCUUUUGCAAAGUGUGCAUUUCGUACUACGAUAUUACGAAGUUGAGGAAGCUGGGCCUGUGCGCUCAGGAUGGAACCCCGAUUGACCGCCGGCUUCUUGCAUUAUCCAGUCGGCCAGAGUCACCCGGUCCGCUGAAGCGUCGCAGCGAUUACGAGUUUGGAAGGUACGGACUUCGCAUUGACAACCCCAUGCUGAGUGAUGGAGAGGAAUCAGAGUCUUCAGACUCAACAUCUGACUCGGAUGUGCCUCGUCGUAACAAACGACAUCGCGCGAUCACUUCCCGCAGACGCAAGGCUAGGCUGACCAAGCCACGCAAGAACAAUCAGAUGCUUAGCUGGACAGCCCAGAAGGGUCCUGAGUCGUCAAACCAGAACGUCCACGCUGCACAAUCCCCAAGCACAAGCCUCGUGUUGCCCGAAUUCCAUUUUGAUCCAAACGACGAGGUCUCUGGAUGGGCCCGCGAGCUUCAUGCAGCGCUUGGGACGCCACGUGCAACUGACAGCCAACUGCAGAUCGCCAAUGCAAGUGCAGAGCCGGAAGACGUCCAUACUGCCACAGGAGAUAUGGAGUUGAUCACUGUCGGCACCGAGAUUGUUGAGCUAUCGGACGAGGUAGACAUCUUGCAUGAACACCGACGGCUAGGUGCAUCUCGGUGA